CUCACACCCCAGACAACAGCUUUCUGGGGUUUGUGGUCGAGCAACACCUGAACUCUAGCGACAUCCAUCAUAUUAAUGAAAUCAAAAGACAGAACCAGUCCCUUGUGUAUGGCAAAGUGGAUAGCUUCUGGAAGAAUAAGAAGAUCUACUUGGACAUCAUUCACACGUACAUGGAAGUACAUGCCACUGUCUAUGGCUCCAGCACAAAGAACAUUCCCAGUUACGUAAAGAACCACGGUAUCCUCAGUGGGCGGGACCUGCAGUUUCUUCUCCGAGAAACCAAGCUGUUUGUUGGGCUCGGGUUCCCUUAUGAGGGCCCAGCUCCCCUGGAGGCUAUUGCAAAUGGAUGUGCUUUUCUGAAUCCCAAGUUCAACCCACCCAAAAGCAGCAAAAACACAGACUUUUUCAUUGGCAAGCCAACCCUCAGAGAGCUGACAUCCCAGCAUCCUUACGCUGAAGUGUUCAUCGGCCGGCCACAUGUUUGGACUGUUGAUCUCAACAAUCAGGAGGAAGUCGAGGAUGCAGUGAAAGCAAUUUUAAACCAGAAGAUAGAGCCAUACAUGCCCUAUGAAUUCACAUGUGAGGGAAUGCUACAGAGAAUCAACGCUUUCAUUGAAAAACAGGACUUCUGUCACGGGCAAGUGAUGUGGCCACCCCUUGGUGCCCUGCAGGUGAAGCUGGCUGAGCCCAGGCAGUCCUGCAAGCAGGUGUGCCAGGAGAACCAACUCAUCUGUGAACCAUCUUUCUUCCAGCACCUCAACAAAGACAAGGACAUGCUAAAGUACGAGGUGAUUUGCCAAAGCUCAGAGAUAGCCAAGGAUAUCCUGGUGCCCUCCUUUGACCCCAAGAGCAAACACUGUGUGUUCCAAGGGGACCUCCUGCUCUUCAGCUGCGCAGGCGCCCACCCCAGGCACCGGAGGAUCUGCCCCUGCCGGGACUUCAUCAAGGGCCAGGUGGCCCUCUGCAAAGACUGCCUAUAGCAGCUGCCUGUCCAGCCCUACACUCAUUCUGCUGGGGAAGAUGGUGGCUCACUUGGUAGGGCCAGGGGCAGAAGUCAUUCAGGGACUCUGGCCAGAGCCUGAACUUUUUGGUCCUGGGUUUGAAUUUGGUACUGCUUCUGCGGCCAGCAUAUCCCAGGAGUUUUCACUAAGCCAAAUGAGAGCCUGGCUUCUCCCCGGUAUAUAUAUAUGAACGUCCUUUCUAUUUUGUGAGGAGCAACUGUAAUGAGACUGUCCAUACAGCUUAUCCAGGGCUUAAGAAAAAAUGUCUAGAGAGAUUGCUAUAAAUCAAAACAAAACAAGAGGAGGAAUUGAGCUGAUCGGACAGAACUUCUAUUGGGAACAUUCCUAAACCCAUUAACUUAUUUAUUUGGGAGGGGGGGGGGAAUUGGGAGGGAGAAAAGGGAUUGAUGUCAGUCUACUUUAUUUCCCGCUGUUAAUCAUUCACCUUCGCAAUACUAUUGUUCUGUCCACUUGGGGCUAGGUAACCUACUCGAGGGCAGCUAUGGGGACCAGCAGAUGGCAGCAGAACAAAAGAAAAAUCUUGCUUUGGAAACACAGCCAAACUAUCCAGGGCAUUGUUCUCUUCCUAUGUGUGCUUGGCUAGAGGACAGGUAACCCUUUGGCAGGGGGACAUGCUGUGAUGUCCAGACAGCACAGCCAGAGACAAAAGAUAGGCUGCUUUGCAAUCAAGAGAGGCCCCUUUCCAGUGUGUCCCCUCCCCACUCACCCACACACCUUGGCCCUAAUUCUUGUUAGAAUUCCUUUAGGAAUGAAAUGCAGGAUUGUAGAAUUUUUGCUUGCUAAACUGUAGUAAAUUUGCCCUCCCUCUUUUGCCACUGUAAGGAAGAAAGUAGAGGGAGGUGCAGGACUCAAAGAGCUGCCCAAGGACUUGGAGGUCAGCUCUCUACAGAGCUGAGACUUGGACUGGAGUGAUGUCAGUCCAUACAAGUUAGUGGCACAACUGGGGCUGGAUCCUGACAGGUG